AUGCUUUGUUUUUCAGAUACAAAAAAUCAAUGUCUGAAAUUUACUGAUCUGAGUUUAAAAGAAGCUUUCAUGGAUAUAUUUCGGCCAAGAAUUGAAAUCAAGUUGAUGUUAUAUACAAGGGAAAGUAUAACCUGUGCUCGGCCUCUUUUUAAACGUAAUUUUAUACUUAAUGAUAAGUUCAACCCCACGAAGAAAACAGUUUGGAUUGUUCAUGGAUUUAGACCAUUAGGCACAAACCCAAUAUGGCUUGAAAAAUUGAUAAAACUUUUGCUGUCUUCAGAAGAUGUGAAUAUAAUUGUAGUUGAUUGGAAUCGGGGUGCUACAACUUUAAUUUAUCAAAGAGCUAUAAAAAGAACCUGGAAAGUUGCUCAAAUGUUGAAAGAAUACAUUAAAAGGAUGGUGAAAUAUGGAAUUUCUCUUGAGUCUUUUCAUUUCAUAGGAGUGAGCCUUGGAGCUCAUAUAGCAGGAUAUGUUGGAAGCACAUUUAAUGGUCUAGUUGGGAGAAUUACAGGCAUUGACCCAGCAGGACCAGGUUUCAAUAAUCAGCCAUCAAACUUGAGAUUAGAUCAUAAAGAUGCAAAAUUCGUUGAUGUCAUCCAUUCUGAUAGCAAUGGUCUUGGUAUCACCCACUCAGUUGGACAUAUAGAUUUUUAUCCUAAUGGAGGAAAAACCCAACCUGGAUGCCCCAAAUCGAUAUUUUCAGGACUUUCUUAUAUAAAAUGUGAGCACCAGAGAGCAAUUUUUUUAUUCCUCUCAUCUUUGUCAGCAAAAUGUAAUUUGAUUGCCUAUCCUUGCAAUUCAUAUGAAGACUAUAGAAAUGGUCGAUGUUUUAACUGUGAAGACUUUGGGUUAAGGUUUUGCCCCACAACAGGUUAUUAUGCCGAUCCUUGGAAAAACUAUGUAAUUAAAAGAAAUUCUCCUGGGUUAAAUGCUUAUUUUGAUACGUCACCAAAGGAACCAUUCUGUUUAUAUCAUUAUGUUCUUGAUAUUAGAAUUGUGGAGGAAAUUAGGAAGAAAGCUCAUAUCGAAAUUAAGUUAACAGACAAAGACGGGGUUGUAGAAAAAUCGAAAAUUAAAAAGUAA